UCGACUUGUUUGUUGUGAGUUUUGGAGUGGUUAAAUGUCACAAUUUUAGAAUUUGAUUCUGGAAUGUAAAAUCUUGGAAGUUAAUAUCAGUUUUUGAAUUUGCAUAAAUGUACUGUUUUGUAUUCACCGAGUAGGAAUUGUUUACAUUUUGUAUUUCACUUUGAUACUCUUUGAUUAGAGAUAGAAUUCAGGUAUCGUUGCGCACUCCAAUGGCGCGAAAAAGAGGCAGAUUGAGUGAGGAAGAUUGUGGAGAACAGCAGAAUAUUGAAGUUGAUGCAGAUGAUAUAUUUCCAGCUGGAGAUCUUCACGAACCUAAUGAAGUUUUAGAUUUUCAUGUUGAGGAAACAGGAUUUAGAGGAAUUAGAAAUAAACGUAGACGUGUAGCUGGAAGAGGUCGUGGUGGGCCUCGCGGUAGAGGAGGUAGAGGUGGUCGACGGGCUGUACAAGACUCUCCUACGGACGAUCCGAAUAGUUUAUUUGAAGUUGUAAAGCAAGGCAGAAGUGCAUUGCAAUGUGUAGUUGACGACUGGAUAGAAGCUUACAAACAAGAUCGUGAUAUCGCGUUAUUGGAUCUUAUGCAAUUUUUUAUACAAUGCGCUGGGUGCAAAGGACGUAUUACACCCCAAAUGCAAGCUACUAUGGAACAUGCUCAGAUUAUUCGUAAAAUGACUGAAGAAUUUGAAGAAGAAAGUGGAGAUUAUCCACUUAUUAUGAGUGGGCCUCAGUGGAAAAAAUUCCGAACGAAUUUUUGCGAAUUUGUUCAAGUUAUGGUUCGUCAAUGUCAGUAUAGUAUCAUAUAUGAUCAAUAUCUGAUGGAUAAUGUUAUAUCUUUACUGACUGGUCUUUCAGACUCUCAGGUUCGAGCCUUUCGGCAUACAGCAACAUUAGCUGCAAUGAAAUUGAUGACUGCUCUUGUUGAUGUAGCAUUAAAUCUGAGCAUAAAUCUGGAUAACACUCAACGGCAGUAUGAAGCUGAGAGACAGAAAAAUCGUGAUAAGAGAGCCACUGAAAGACUUGAAAUGCUUUUGAGUAAACGGCAAGAAUUAGAAGAGAACAUGGAAGAGAUAAAGAAUAUGUUGACAUAUAUGUUUAAAAGUGUUUUUGUACAUAGGUACAGAGAUACUCUUCCAGAAAUACGUUCUAUCUGCAUGUACGAAAUCGGGCAAUGGAUGAAGAAAUUUCACCAGCAUUUUCUUGAUGACAGUUACUUGAAAUACAUAGGUUGGACUUUGCAUGACAAAGUGGGUGAUACUCGUUUGAAGUGCUUGCAAGCUUUAUUACCUCUUUAUGGAGCUGAAGAACUUACCAGUAAAAUGGAAUUAUUUACAAACAAAUUUAAAGACAGGAUAGUUGCUAUGACUCUAGAUAAGGAGUACGAUGUUGCUGUUCAUGCUGUUAAACUUGUAAUUAGUAUCCAUAAAUAUCAUCGUGAAAUUCUAACAGAUAAAGACUGUGAACAUGUGUAUGAACUUGUAUAUUCUUCGCACAGAGCAGUUGCUCAAGCAGCUGGUGAGUUUUUGAAUGAACGACUGUUUCAACCUGAUGAGGAAGCUGUUCAAGGAUUAAGAACAAAAAGGGGAAAGAAACGUUCUAUAAAUACACCUCUGAUAAGGGAUUUGGUUCAGUUUUUUAUUGAAAGUGAACUACAUGAACAUGGUGCUUAUCUUGUUGAUAGUUUAAUUGAAAGCAAUCCUAUGAUGAAAGAUUGGGAGUGCAUGACAGAUUUACUUUUAGAAGAACCAGGACCUCAAGAGGAACCAUUGGAUGACCGUCAGGAGACCUCAUUAAUUGAAAUAAUGGUAUGCUGUGUUAAACAAGCUGCAACAGGUGAACCUCCUGUAGGAAGAGGCCCUAAUAGGAAGCAGCCUUCUGUAAAAGAGCUGAAGCAAGUAUCAGAUGAUCGCAUAAAAUUGACUGAACAUUUUAUAAUGACAUUACCUUCUUUACUUGCCAAAUAUCUUGCUGAUGCUGAAAAAAUAGCUAAUUUAAUGCUCAUUCCCCAGUAUUUUGAAUUGGAAAUUUACACGACGAGUCGCCAAGAAAAGAAUUUGGAUAGUUUGCUAAAACUGAUACACGAGAUAGUUGAACGACACAAUGACACCGAUGUUUUAGAAGCCUGUGCAAAGACAUAUGAAGUUCUAUGUAAUGAAGAACUUGCUAUCCAUUCUAGAUGUGCUGUAGCUAGAGGAACUUUGGUAGAUUCCUUAGUACAUAAAUACAAGCAAGCAUCAAGUGAUUACAUGCAGGCUGGAGAAGAAGUUGAUGAAGAUGAGAUAUAUAUUGUAACUUCUGCAAUGAAGAAAGUUUCAAUAUUUUAUAGUUGUCAUAAUUUAGGCCCAUGGAGUAUAUGGGAUAGCAUUUACGAUUUUUGGGUCAAAGGAGCUGUACAAGACAAAGGGCUACCUGAAGAAGUUGUCAAAUAUGCUAUGUCUUGCUGUUCCAUGGGUAUCAUGUGGGAUCUUGCCAUGCUGGAUGAUACUAGUCCACUACCCGUUGCCGUCGCAAGUCUUCGGAACCGACUCAAAGAUUUUGUGGAUACGAUGAGAGAUUUGCUAAACCAUCCAACUGAUACACUGGAAGAAGCAGCUUUUAUCAUUAUCUGUGACCUCUUAAUUGUGUUUUGUAAGCAGUUAGCUGAAAAUUCUGGACUGACGCCAUUAGUUUAUGAACCUGAUAGAACUCUUCAAAGUCAGUUGAGUGCAUUUGUCCAAAAGAAGGUAUUUAUCGAGGAUGAUGAUGAUGAACAAGAUGAACACACUAAAAUUGAAGAACUGCACAAACGCAGGAACUUUUUAGCGUCAUUUUGCAAACUGGUUGUUUAUAAUAUAAUAAGUGUCAAACAAGCUGCUGACAUUUUCAAGCAUUAUGUAAAGUUUUACAAUGAUUACGGUGAUAUCAUCAAAGCUACACUUGGUAAAGCUCGAGAAAUCAACAAAGUAAAUUGUGCCCGAACCAUGGCAAUGUCUUUGACUUCCCUGUUCUCUGAAUUGAGAAAUUCCACAACAUCAGGUCAAAUAAAUCGGCAGGACGAAAAUUUCCUUGCAAUAAAAGAAUUAGCCAAAAGAUUUGCAUUAUCUUUUGGCUUAGAUCAGGUUAAAAAUCGGGAUGCUGUAGCUGCUCUACAUAGAGAAGGCAUUUUGUUUACAGUAACACCAAUAGAAAACCCAGCUGAUCCAUUAGGUCCUCCACCAAACUUGGCCUUUUUAGAAAUAUUAGCUGAAUUCACAAACAAAUUGAUGAAAUUGGAUAAAAAAGUUGUCUUGAACUAUCUAGACAGGCAUAUACAAGCUAGCAUGCCUGGCACUCGAUCUGAAGAUUGGCAGCCAUUAAUUUUGUACAGAAACAGUUUAGUACAUGGUGAAGCAGAACAGCCACCACCAAGGGCACCAGGUCGGCAAUAUCGAGGUAGGAAACGGCAGAGAGAAGAUGAUGAUUUAAGGAAUAUGGAGGAUGAAGGUAAUAUAGAUCAAGAUUCAGAUCGAGAAGAGAAUUGAUUUUCUGUUUAUUUCAUUGAAUAUUCAUAUUUAACAAAUACAUUCAAAUAUUUUGUAACUAUUUUCAUAACUGUAUUCAUUGCUUUUGUAUUACAAUAAACUUCAAAACUGUA